AUGGCUUACAACGGAACACAAUUGACACUCAACACGGGCGCAAAAAUUCCCGCCAUUGGCUUCGGCACUUGGCAGGACAAGGACGCUCAGGAACCAGCUGUCACUCACGCAUUGAAGGCCGGCUACCGCCACAUCGACACAGCACGCAUCUACGGCACGGAGCCCGCAGUCGGCAACGCCAUCAAGAAGUCUGGCAUCCCGCGCUCAGAAAUCUUCCUCACAACCAAGCUCUGGAACAACUCGCACCACCCCGACGAUGUCGAGGCCGCCCUCGAUGCCUCCCUGAAGGAUUUGGGCACAGACUACGUCGACCUGUACCUGAUGCACUGGCCCUCGCCCUUUGCGCGCAGUUCGGAAAUGUUCCCCAAAGACGACAACGGCAAGACCAAGACCGGCGACACGGACUACGUCGACACCUACAGGGCGAUGGAGAAGUGCUUCAAAUCAGGCAAAGCGCGCGCGAUCGGGGUGUCGAACUUCAGCAAAGCGGAGCUCGAGCGGCUAUCCACAGAGACGAGCGUCGUCCCCGCCGCGCACCAGAUCGAGUGCCAUCCGUAUCUGCAGCAGCCCGGUUUUACAAAGUGGCACAAGGAGCAGGGCAUCCACGUGACGCACUACUCGCCAUUCGGAAACCAGAACGAGAUCUACGACUCGGGCAAGGGGCUUGGGAAGUUGAUGGACGACCCUGUGCUUGUGGAGAUUGGCAAGAAGCAUGGCAAGAGCGGUGCGCAUGUGGCGCUGGCGUGGGGCAUUGCGCAGGGGCAUAGUGUGAUUCCCAAGUCCAAGACGGAGAGCAGGAUUACGCAUAACCUUGAGGGUGAUUUUGAGUUGCCCGAGGAGGAUGUGGAGAAGAUUGCGGGGAUUGAUAAGAAGAUGCGGUUCAACGAUCCGUCGAAGAACUUUGGGUGGGACUUUUACAAGGAUCUUGAUGGCAAGAAGCACUAA